UGUAAAUAAACUUUAAUACAAAAGUCAACUCUCUCUCUCUCUCUCAUCAUCUUCUCUUAUCAACUUCAACUUGUUUUUCUUCUUCACCAUCCACUUCUCCAUCUCUCUCUCUUAGUUGCUUCCUAGUUCCUACUAAUUUUUCAACACCAAACCCAACAUGAAAAACGAGUUGUAAACAAGUAACAACCUCAAAUCUUGUUUAUUCUUUUGAUUCUUUUGUUUUUUCAUUUGUUUUUUUCUUUCUAUGGGUAACGGAAUAGGAAAACUAACGGUGUGUUUCACGGGAAACAACGGUGGUCGGAAACACGAUAUAUCGAUUUUAAUAACUGACCCGUUAGACGAAGGACUUGGUCACUCUUUCUGUUAUGUAAGACCCGACCCGACCCGUUUAUCGAGUUCGAAGGUUCAUUCUGAAGAAACGACAACGUUUAGAACUAUCUCUGGCGCUUCCGUUAGUGCUAACACGUCGACGCCGUUAUCAACGGCGUUUAUGGAUUUAUACUCUUACGGAUGUUUCGAUAGAGCUGCGGCGUUUGAGAGUUCUACUUCCUUUGCUUCUCUUCCGUUGCAACCGAUUCCGAAGAAUCUGAUGGGUACCGGUUCGGGUCCUUUUUCGAGUAAUUUCGGUGGUGGUGGUUUUCCGGGUUCCGGUCCACUUGAGCGUGGGUUCAUGUCCGGUCCGAUUGAGCGUGGGUUUAUGUCUGGUCCGAUUGAUCGUGGUUUAUUUUCUGGUCCGAUUGAAAAAGAAAACUCCGAUCAGUUUCCGAGAAGCUUCUCUCAUAGUGGAUUAGGGUUUUCCGUUAGACCUAGAACAAGGAAAGAGAAAUGGAUUCGUGUUCUUCAGAGAGCGAUUUCGAAGACUCUGUCGCGUGGACAGAACUCUAUUGUUACUCCGAUCAAAGGUGUGGCGGUUAAGGAACCACCGGAGUGGAUCCUUGCUGGGGAGAAGCAUAACGAGAAUUUGACGGUGAGUAGUUUGAAUUUGAGUAGUGAAGGUAGUUUGGAAGAUGAUGAUUCAAUGGGGAGUCAGAAUCUUCAAUGGGCUCAGGGGAAAGCAGGGGAGGAUCGUGUUCAUGUUGUUGUUUCUGAAGAACAUGGUUGGGUUUUUGUUGGGAUUUAUGAUGGUUUCAAUGGUCCUGAUGCACCUGAUUAUUUACUUUCGAAUCUGUAUACUUUUGUUCACAAGGAACUUAAAGGGUUGCUUUGGGAUGAUGGGGUUUCCUCGGAUAAUUCUAAUUCGAAAGCGCGCAAUUCGAUUGAUGAUGUUGUUGGGAAAGAAGAUAAGGUGUUUGAUGAUUGUUCUCAAUGUGUUGAUCAAGAGAAAGAGGGUUCAGUUUCGAAGAAAAAAAAGAGGGGUAAGAAUUCGAAGAACAAGUACAAAGAUGCAGCAAUGAAACACGAAGAAAAUCACAGGAGAUGGAAAUGUGAAUGGGACAGGGAGAGACUAGAGCUUGAUAGAAGAUUGAAGGAGCAACUUAGUGGUGACGACGGUGACAAUGAUUCUGUUAAUCAUUCAGAUGUUUUGGAAGCUCUAUCUCGAGCUUUGAGGAAAACCGAGGAGUCUUAUCUUGAUGUUGCAGAUAAGAUGGUGAUGGAGAAUCCAGAACUUGCUUUGAUGGGUUCGUGUGUUCUUGUAAUGUUGAUGAAAGGGGAAGAUGUUUAUGUGAUGAAUGUGGGAGAUAGUAGAGCUGUGUUGGCACAAAAGGCUGAACCUGAUUAUUGGAUUGGGAAAAUUCGACAGGAUUUGGAGAGGAUUAACGAAGAAACAAUGCAUGAUCUUGAAUCAUGGGAGGAUGCUGAUAAAUCAAAUGCUAUUCCUAGUUUAAGUGCUUUUCAGCUUACCAAAGAUCAUAGUACCAAUGUUGAAGAGGAAGUAAUCAGAAUAAGAAAAGAACACCCGGAUGAUCCUUGUGCCGUAGUCAAUGAUCGUGUUAAGGGAUCUCUCAAGGUUACUCGAGCAUUCGGUGCCGGAUUUCUCAAACAGCCAAAAUGGAACAAUGCACUUCUGGAGAUGUUUAGAAUCGAUUACGUAGGAAAUUCUCCAUACAUCACUUGCCUACCAUAUCUUAAACACCACAGAUUAGGCCAAAAAGACAAGUUCCUGAUUCUAUGCUCCGACGGCCUCUAUCAGUACUUAUCAAACGAAGAAGCAGUAGCCGAAGUUGAACUUUUCAUCACAUUACAACCUGAAGGAGACCCUGCUCAACAUUUGGUUGAAGAAGUCUUGUUUCGUGCCGCAAAGAAAGCUGGUUUGGACUUUCAUGAAUUGCUCGAGAUUCCACAAGGCGAUAGGCGACGUUACCACGACGAUGUCUCCAUCAUUGUUAUCUCUUUGGAAGGAAGGAUAUGGAGAUCAUGUGUAUAAGAAUAAUAAAAACACCAACCAUAUAUAAUAUCAUCAUCAUAUAUAUAAAAAAAAAAGAUAUGAGAUACAUGCCGCCGAAGGGUCGCUGUCACGGUCGCGGUCUCGCAUCGUUUUUGCUCUUACCCCUUCCAAACUCGAGUGCCGGGUAAAUUACUUAUCGAACUUAAAUAUAAGCAAAAAUGUACAUGUAUUUGAUGUUAAUUUGAACUAAUUACAUGUAUCGUUUCGAUUAUAUUUAAAUUCGGAGUAAUUGUGUAAACCAGUAGGUGGUGAGAAUUGUAAAGUUGUAAAACUUGGAUUUUGUUGAUUAUUAAUAUAACUCUCACAUAAAAAUUGUGAUUUUGUAAUAAAAUUUUUUUGGUGCCCCAUGCACUAGCAACCUCCACCACUUUCUGCAAUUCUGGUUGGAAAAUGAUAGAGCUAUAGUCGUUAGUGCAUGAGCAUCUUAUCAAGUUCAAAAUUGAAAUAACAUAUUAACAAUACUCCAAAUGAAAA